UUGCAAAAAAAUGGUUGUAAUGCUAAAUGUGACUGUGGAAGAGUAAGAUUGUUGUGUUCACCAGCGUGCACUAAUUGCCAGGGUCAGUCUUGCUCGAAUGUUCGAUUGAAGCCAAUAGACGAAGAUUCAUAUGAUAUCGAUGAAGAGACAUCUGAUUCAUCUUUAGUUAAACAAUUUUUGAACAUACAGCAAGAAGAAGAGAAUGAAGAAGAAGAAAUUGAAGAAGACAUGACUGUUAAAGUCAAAUUUGAAGAUACACGUGGGAUCGAUGGGGAUCUUUGGCACUUUAUUUUUACUAACGUACUAUAG